UGUAGCUUUGAGGCCGAGUUGUUUUUUCUCUCUCUCUCUCUUUUUUUUUUUUUAACUCUUAUUAUUAUUAUUAUUUUGGUUGCGAUACAGACUUUGAUUUUUUUUUUUUUUAUUUUUUUGCCUUCGCUCUCUUUCCCUCCUCCCUCCCCCGAUGAACCUCUCUCCUCGCUCUGCACUUUGCAGGAGAGAGCCCAGAGGAAAAGCACCAUGAAGUGUUAAAAAUAACAAAACAAAACAACAACAACAACAAAUUUACUCGCAACAACACCAGCUAACACUUCCAGCUGCGGCUCGAGAGCUGCGAAAGAGCGAGAGGAGAGAGAGAGAAGGGAGGGAGAGAGGAGGAAAAAAAAAAAACCCUCUAUGCAAAAGGCGAAUAGCGAGAGCCCCGCGCUCUGAUGCAUCAGCGGAGCCUCUGCGAGGGAUAACGCGGAGCGGGAGAGGAGCCGCCGGGGCGCACCGGAUCGGAGGCAGAGCAGGAGAGCGGAGCGGAGCUCGCCAAAAAUCAAGCUGGCUCACCCGGUGGCGACUCAGAGCAGCCCCCUCGCUCCCGGAGCGCACCCUUUCUGGAGGACUCUCGGCAGCAAAAGGAUGGCAUCAGAGCUGGCGAUGAGCAGCUCCGACCUGCCCACCAGUCCCCUGGCCAUGGAAUAUGUUAAUGACUUCGAUCUGAUGAAGUUUGAAGUGAAAAAGGAGCCGGUGGAGACCGAUCGCAUUAUCAGCCAGUGCGGCCGCCUGAUCGCCGGGGGAUCGCUCUCCUCCACCCCGAUGAGCACGCCCUGCAGCUCCGUGCCCCCGUCCCCCAGCUUCUCGGCGCCCAGCCCCGGCUCCGGCUCCGACCAGAAGACCCACCUGGAAGACUACUACUGGAUGACGGGGUACCCGCAGCAGCUCAACCCAGAGGCGCUGGGCUUCAGCCCCGAGGACGCGGUGGAGGCGCUGAUCAACAGCAGCCACCACCCGCUGCCCGGCGCCUUCGAUGGCUAUGCUAGAGGGCAGCAGCUGGCCGCGGCCGCCGGCGGCUCCGUGCCGGCCGAGGAGAUGGGCUCGGCGGCCGCCGUGGUGUCGGCGGUGAUCGCCGCGGCGGCGGCGCAGGGCGGCGCGCCCCACUACCACCACCACCACCACCACCCGCACCACGGCGGCGGCGGCGGCGGCGGCGGCGGCGGCGGGCACCCCCACGCCGCGGCGCCGGGCAGCGCGCCGCCCUCCUCCGCCUCCUCGGCCGCCGGCUCCGGCUCCAGCGGCGGCGGCGGCGGCGGCGGCGGCGCCGGGGGGCUGCACCACCCGCACCACGGCGGCGGCGGCGGCGGCGGCGGCGGCCUCCACUUCGACGACCGCUUCUCCGACGAGCAGCUGGUGACCAUGUCGGUGCGGGAGCUGAACCGGCAGCUGCGGGGCGUCAGCAAGGAAGAGGUGAUCCGGCUGAAGCAGAAGAGGAGGACCCUCAAAAACAGGGGCUAUGCCCAGUCCUGCCGCUUCAAGAGGGUCCAGCAGCGGCACGUCCUGGAGUCGGAGAAGAACCAGCUGCUGCAGCAAGUGGAGCACCUAAAGCAGGAGAUCUCCAGGCUGGUCCGGGAGAGGGACGCCUACAAGGAAAAGUACGAGAAGCUGGUCAGCAAUGGCUUCAGAGAAAACGGAUCCAGCAGCGACAACCCUUCCUCUCCAGAGUUUUUCAUGUACCCGAGAGAAUCAUCUACAACGGUGAUGUGAAAAUCCCUGUUACCUGAGGUCAAAAAUAAAAGUCUCCCAGAAGAGCCGGAGUGGUGAUGCCUGGAUGCAGAGGAGAUCACACUGCUUAUAGAUCUGCACCAUGAGGAGACCAAAAGUUUCUGCAGCAGCAGGAGGUAAGCCAGGACUGCUGGUGGGUGUAAGGAGCAGAGAGCAAAGCCACAUGAGUUUGAGAAGAAGGCAGCAGCACCCUGAGGAUGGACACUUUGGGGCAGUGUCACGGUCCUGUACAGAAAACUUGAAGAGACACUGAAAACUUCAGGUGGGAACACGCCACCCAAACAGCUUGUGUGGUUUGGUCCAUGGACCUUUGGGGUCUGCACACCAGAGACUGAAAACUCUUCACUUACCCUAAAUUUCCUCUUUAUGGACUUCUGAUGUGAUAGGAAUGGCACAAAAAAAUCCAAUAUAUCUUCUUCAUCAUAGUGUUUCCAACCUCCUAACUUUCCCAGGACUACUUUCUGCUCAAAUUACUGGAACUUAAUUACAUGAGGUUUAAUUUCAG